AGUUCACAAGCUAACCAAAUCAAGUAAACACAAACGUGUUACAGCGGUCUUUACUUAGUCAUUAGUUCGCCGUGCUUGUAUUUGGUUCGUUCGGUUGCUUCUCUCUAAAAAUAUCUUCGGAUUCCGUGUCUCAAAACUACUGCAGUUUUCAAUGACACUAAAUAUGAAACAGAUUUUUAUGUGACGGUACAAUUUUAUAAAGGCUAGUUCAUCGAAUCUGACACAAGUUUUGAUAUAAUUAACUUUAGUUUGUUUAUUUUGUUGUGAAUUCGCGGUAAUCCUGUCGUGUGUCGCUAUUGUUUGUGAAUGGAUAUGAAUUUGAUGUUAUAUCUUUGAAAGGAUGUUGUCAUAACCAUCCGUCCGUGUUUCUAGGAAAACUAUUUCGUAUUUCAUGGGAUUAAACAACCGGUAGCCGGUACCUGUGUGAUGGUGCGGGUGCACACAGUGCUGUUGGUGGUAGCACUGUGCCGCGUCGCCACCACACUCGACUCCGAGCUCGGCGUCGGCAAGGCAAUUAACAUAUUUAUGAGAUAUGGUUACCUCAGUAUAUGCAUGCGAGUGGUGCCUCGCAAUGACACCGAAGGCUGGGUGUUCAGAGAGCCUACCGUCAGCGUGUUCCGCAACGUGGAACAGUUCGCGGUGGCGCCCAAGCCGCGCCAGGCGAAGACCAUCUUCGACGGUGACUUCCACAUGGAAUUCUGCGAUAACCUGAAGCAAUUGCUUCAGGCGUAUUUCAGGGAUUUCACCUUUGAAAGAUUGGAGCGUCCAUGGCGUGCAUUCACGGCCGGCUGGCCGACUGACAUCAUGGCGAGGAACCUGGGUAUCAAUUCUUCAUUUAUCAACGGUGACCAUUGUUACGUACUGGUUAGAGUUUCUAGAUUCCGUGAAACAGCCAAACUGAGCGAUCUCCCAUCAAAUAUUGGUGUGGAGGACGUUGUUUUCGAUGCGAUUAAGGAUUCCGCUAUAGGCGACACCGUGUCUAUCGCGGACUUCAUUAGGAAAUAUGGGUCGCAUUACAUUGCUUCAUAUGUGACGGGUAAUUCAUUAUAUCAGGUAUUCGUGUUCUCCCGAGGCGUAUACGCCAGGAUAAAAGAGCGAGUGAAGUCAGGUGGCGUGAGCGAGCUACCGCCCGCUGAGAUAAACAACUUUUUCUCGCCGUUUUACGCUGAACAUAUUGGAGCUAUCAAGGUGUUUGUGUUCUCUAGAACCGCAUACUCUAUGAUCAAAGAGAGAUUAAAAAGCAAAGGCGUCGCUGAAAUAACUGCCAAGGAGUUGGAAGGGUACUUCUCGCCUUGGCAUGCAAAGCAUAUCGGUCAAAUAAAGGUCGCAAGCGGCAACAAAACCGUUGAAAACUGGGCGAUGAAGCGUUUAAAAGUCCAUUACUACAUCUUCUCGUACCCGAGCCUCCUGAAAUUGCACGGAGAACCAGCUCUACUGCGAAACCUCGAUACUUUAUUAGGAAACGAAGCCUUAUUACAAUUAGAAUUAAAGACAUUAUCGCCUGCUUUUAAGGAUGUUAAGAAAAAGAAGUGGUUCGAAGAAGUCAUAGAUAAUUAUUUAAAACUGUGGGAGAGCAAUAUGUGAUACAAGGAAUACAAACUUAUAGAAUACAUUAGCGUACCUAAAUUUAGAAAAAAAAAAUAGUUACAAAAUGAGUUGCCAGCGAUAGUUUGGCUUGAGGUAAUUCUAGAAUAAACACAUACCGAUUGAGUAUUUAAUUGAGCAUAUUGAUUAGCUACUUAUUUCAAAUCAAUGUAUUCGAUUAAUAAAAACUAUUUUUUCAUAUUUCGAGAUUAAUUAUUUUGAAAAAUAUGUUGCCAGUAAUAAAUGAAAACUUUUUUACUAGGCUUAUUGAAAAUGUCAAAUUUAUUUUUACAAUUAAAAAUAUUAACAAUUGCAUAUGAUGAUUGAAAUUUAGUUUUAAGUACAAUUGAGAUAUUGAAAAAUGUACAACACUGCAGCAGGACUGUGAUGACUACGGUGAUGGUAUAAAAAUGGUCAGUGGGUCCUUUAUCAGUUACAAUUUGAUAAUUUUACAAAGUAAUAUUAGAGAACAAAAUGUGAUCAUAGUUAAGUGUUAACAGUGAAAACGAACUACUUAUGUAGGCGUAGAUAGGUAAAUAUAGUAAUAUUUUUGUAAAUAGUAUUAUAAUACGAACAGUGCCUUAAACUCUACAAAUAAUAUUUUUAAUUUAUAUUUUUUCUGAUAUUCCACAGAUUCAAAUAUAAUAUUUAUCAAAUUUCGAAGGUUCUUGUGUAUUUGUUAAAAUCAUUAGGCCGUAUUACACUUGUAAAUUUUACAUACGUAAGAUAAUAUAUGCGUGGCUAUAGUGAUCGUUUCCCUAAACUAAUUUGAUCCCACUAAUAUUUUACAUACAGGUAGCUCAUAACGACUUGUAGUAAUCUGCUUUAUACAAUUAAAGAAAAGAAUUAUGGCUUACUAGAUUAUAAUGUGAUUUAUUAAACAAAUCAAAGUGCAAUAUUAGUUGUUCAGUUAUAUUUACAAUACAACAAGGGAUCAAUGUCAGAAUGCAUUUACAUUGAUGUAAAUAUUUUUCGAAAACUUUAUACGAGUAAGUGAUAAUAAAUGUUUA